AUGGCACCCGUGUUAGAUUCAGGAGUGUUUACUGCCCCACAUGCGCCAGCAGUGUCACUAAAUGACAUUUGCUUUUCCAGUGCAUGUGUCCAAACAGCAGCAAGUCUCUUGCAAUCAAUGGAUAUGAACAUUGAUCCUUGCUCUGAUUUUUAUCAAUACACAUGUGGUAAUUGGAUUAGAGAUGCAAUUAUACCAGAAGACUUGGCAGGAUUUGGUGUUAUAGAGUCUGAUUCAACCUACCAUAAAGAUAAACUUCGCACUAUUCUGGAUGGAAGCUACUUUGAUUUGUUGACAGCAACAAAAUCUCGAUCAAGCUUUCGAGUGGGCACAAAAGACGGCAUCAAUAUAGACAAGCGAAACUUCCAAGUCGUCAAAAACUACUACACAUCCUGCGUCGAAAUCGAAUCAAGCGGCAAUGAAGCAUUAUCGAGCUUCUUUAACGACAUGAAUGAGCUCAUUUACGAAACAACACAAACAAGCGACACACAGUUUCAGUUGACGGCAAGAGCAGCAGAUCUUGUCAGUUACCCUAAAUCAACCGACGCUAUUGUGAUCGAAGUAGGCGGGCUGUUCACCAUGGAGAUACUGCCAAAAGAGAACGAUAGAACCGCAAUGACCAUCAUCGUAUACCCACCCUCUGAGCUCAGUGAUGCAGACAAAGGGCCUCUUGAAGACGAGGAUCCCGAGAAGCUCUUUAGCCUGACAUCUUCGUUGUUUGGAUUUCAAAACGCCACAGACAGAGAUCGUGAAAGAGUGUCUUUGCUGGAAGACACUGAACUGAAGAUGAUGACUGACCCUGAAAUCCAUGCCAUGAUUGGUGAUGCUAUUUCUGUGCAAAGCAGAUUAUAUCAACUGAGCAAAGCCUCCGAUGAUUCGACUUUUAUAUCUUAUUCGCUGGACGAAAUUUCAGAUGCCCUUCCAUUCGUUCACUGGGCAUCCAUCAUUGAAUCUAAUGUACCGCAAGAUCGAGACAUAUCUGAUUUAUACCUGCAGAUCUACAACGUGGAGUAUUUUCAAGAACUCGAGUAUUACAGUAGCGUCGAUGAUCCAACCCGCAAAUUGCAUAAAGACGCUAUCGUCAACUAUUUAAUCUUACACAAAAUAUACCAAGAUGCAAGCAAAUUAGAUGCCGAAAUGCGACGUAUCAUGCCUGAUACUCCAUUCCAAACAAGAUCCAAUCUCUGUGUCGAAAAAGUCCUGGAGAACCUGAACCUCGUUUCUGGUCGAUUCUACUCUAUGAUUACCUCAAAUGGCGAAUCUGAUCGCAUCAAGUUGGGUGAAAUGGCAGAAGCUAUCAAGGAAUCUCUUGGUAAUCGCAUUAAAAAGGCGAAUUGGCUGGACAAUUCUACUAGAAGUUCAGCUAUCAAAAAGCUUGACGCCAUGCAAAAGUCGCUUGGAUACAGCACAUCGUCUCCUGAUGAAAGGUCACCUCAAGACAUUCACAAAUACUUGCGCGGACUCGAAGCCGAUGCUGAUAAUUUUUAUGACAAUGAGAAAGCCGUAGCUCAAUGGACAUUGCAAAUAUAUUGGGAUACCAUCGGACGUACGAUCAGCCCUACUGAAUGGAUUGGUGUAGCAACCCCUCAAGUUGUCAACGCCUUCAAUUUACUAUCCAAAAAUAGCAUUUUCGUGAGUGCUGCAUUUGCUCAAAAGCCAAACUACGAUCGCUAUUAUCCUGACUAUCUCAACUACGGUGGUAUCGGACAAACAUUGGGUCAUGAGUAUUCGCACGCAUUUGAUGAUUACGGCUCUCAAUACGAUGAACUUGGCAUUGAAAGAAACUGGUGGUCAGAGGAAACCAAGUACAAAUACAUGGAGAAAUCGCAGUGCUUUAUAGACCAAUACUCCAGAGCCAGUAUUACGGACGAGAAAGGCAAAAAGUAUAGCAUUGAUGGAUCUCUGACAUUAGGUGAAAACAUUGCAGACAACGAAGGAUUAGCCGCAACAUAUGAUGCCUAUCUCAAGUCCAAAGAAAAUGGAAAGGGAUACAACCCUAUUCUUCCUGGACUACAAGAAUUCAGCCCUGAAGCCUUGUUUUUUAUCAACGCGGGUCGUUCAUUCUGCUCCAAGCCUUUACCAGGAAGCAUCAAAGAUUCGAUCAAAGAUGAACAUGCUCCCGACGCUGUUCGGGCAAACAAGGUGUUUCAAAACAGCAAAGAGUUUGCGCAGGUCUUCAAGUGUCCCAUUGGCAGUAAAAUGAAUCCAGCAAACACGGAAAAGUGCAGCAUCUGGUAG